GUGCAAUAUUGUUGUAAUCCUGUGGCCAGGUUGAUGUAAUGCCAGGUUAUAAGUGUGAAAUGGACUUAUGUAAGAGAAAUACAGUACGUUCAGGGCUGUGUUCUGAUUGGCCGUAGAGUCCACUCGUCACAUCUAAGUCCCGCCCUCUGCCUCAUAAAUGUCCAGCCCCAGCUCAUACCAGGACCUCCAGUCUCCAGAACUCUCCACUCCUCCUUCCUCUGGUCCUGUAGCUGAAAAAUCUGCAAAAAUGGAUCAAUGUGCAAUGAUUGUGAAGAACAUGUCCUUUAAGGUGGGACAGACCCUGACUCUGGUGGGAACGAUCAAACCUGACGCCACAAGGUUUUCGGUGAACAUUGGUCCGAAUGAGAACAAUAACGCCAUACACGUAAACCCUCGCUUCCAUUAUGGCUGUGAUCAGAACACUGUGGUGUGUAACUCGUACAAGGAUGGUGUGUGGGGCGAGGAGCAGAAGGAGACCAGCUUCCCCUUCAAGGCGGGAGAAGAGUUCAGGAUGAUCAUCAGGUUCAACCCGACUGAGUUCCUGGUGGUUCUCCCUGACUGCUCCUCCUUCAAGUUCCCAAACCGCCUGGGUCAAGAAACAUACUCCUUGAUUGGCAUAGAUGGAGACGCACACAUCACCAGCUUCGAGAUCAAAUAAAAGUUCACAUUUUUUAUAAACAUGUCUUGCUUUAAAAUGCAGUAGGAAAGUGAAAGUCUUAUGCAAAGUUUUAUAAUAAGUAACUCCGUGGACAUGCUGUCACCCGGGUUUGAUUGAGUUAAUGAAUUAAAGGUCCUAUAUUUCACAAAAUUGACUAUUGUGAGCUUUUAGUCAUGUUAGAAGGUUGUCUAGUGAAGGUGUAUAGAGUUUAAAAACACAGUGGAGCACUUCCUGUAUUACUACAAAUCCAUGUGAGAGAAGAACUCCGCAACCCUAACCCAGGAUUUGUGCGUUAAAAUAUGUGAUUGAAACAAAAUACAACUCUAGGUGUGUUUUUGAUGAGGAAGCAACAUUAUAACAAAGAAAAUCAGAAAAAUAGGUGAAAUAUUUAAACAGAAAAUUUUGAAGCUUGCGUAGAGAAUUUGCUAUUUAAUGCCAAUUUCAAAGGUCCAUUCUUUGUGUCGAUCUGUUACUGUUCAUUGGAGCUUCUGUUUAAGACUUGUAUGUUUUGUCUCCAACAUUCCGCAACGGUGUGAGUUCAUUUGAAUUGACCUGUAACAGUAUAAAAACGUGCUCAAACUGAA